CUGUAGGCUAAGGGCUGUAGCAGGCAGCUGCUGAUAUGUUGGUGUGGUCGAAGUAGCCGAAGCGUGUAAAUCUUGCGUACAUCUAACAUAUACUAACUUACUAGCUAGCUAUAUCUUAUCUAUAUUUUCUAAGGGAGCUAUCAAACCAAACUGAGAUCGAAAGUAGCUACAAUUGGUACAUUUUAUUUUAAUUACCAUUUCCUGUCAUUUUGAUAGGCAUUUCCUGUUGCGAAAUAGCUAGGUAGCGGUUCGUGGCAGUAAGCUAGCUGACGUUGGCUAAUUGGUAGCCUAGCUGGCUAGAUGAUGAAUUGUAGCAUACUUGGAAAUAAUCAUUAUUUGCUGAACGACAUUGAAUAUGGAAGGAUCGUGUAAUAUUGGCACGUUUUACCGGGGAUAUAUUACAACGGACAUAAUUUUUACAGGAUAACCUUAGCUACAUGAAAUGUCAUAACGUUAAGAUAACCGCGGAGAUGGAGGGACCCACAACCCCCUGAAUAGCUGCACUGAUGGAGAAAUGUCCUCCUCCAAGAUGAGCAAGUCGAAUACUGCACAAGGUUUAGCGGAAUUAUAUUAGCGUCUAUCUUAUCUCUAUAGCUAUAUUAGUCUGUCAUCAAAUGGGAGACUGGUUAUUCGGUCAUAGCUCAUAAUUGACAGCUAACGUUAGCUGCUGGUGAAGAAAUCACUGCUGUUUUUGGCAUCUGCAAACAACAAGACUGGUUUUGUCAGACAAACCUUAGGCCUUGUCCAGAAAACAAAGUUAAUUUGGGAAACUGACAUCGCUGGAAAUAAGGACAUUUGAGCUUUCUGCGUCGUCAUUUGAGCAUUCUGCGUCGUUUUGAUUGAAGUGAGGAUAAUAUUUCCUCAUCAUCUGACUGAUAGUUAUCAUGAGGAAGUUCUUUGAUUCAUCUCGUCGGGAGUUGGUCAGUUCAGGACCUGGUUCUGGAGGAGGUAGCAGUGGAUCCAGCCAUGUAGGUGGCAAUUUAAUUGGACGUUCAUGUACCAUAGGGCGGCACCAAGUCACUAUUGAAGAAACAGUGGCCGAAGGUGGUUUUGCCAUCGUGUUCCUGGUACGAACCAGCCAAGGACUCCGCUGUGCCCUCAAGAGGAUGUAUGUCAACAAUGAGCACGACCUGCAGGUGUGCAAGCGAGAGAUCCAGAUCAUGAAGGACCUGGUCGGCCAUAAGAACAUCGUUGGCUAUCUGGACUCUAGUAUCACCACUUGUGGAGGAGGAGAUGUGUGGGAAGUGCUCAUCCUCAUGGACUACUGUAAAGGGGGCCAGGUGGUGAACCUGAUGAACCAACGUCUGCAGACAGGCUUCACAGAGGCAGAGGUGCUGCAGAUCUUCUGUGACACAUGUGACGCCGUGUCUCGACUGCACCAGGGCAAGACACCCAUCAUCCACAGGGACCUCAAGGUGGAGAACAUCCUGUUACAUGAUAAAGGCCACUAUGUGCUGUGUGACUUUGGCAGCGCUACCAAUAAGUUCCAGAACCCACAGAUUGAAGGAGUGCCAAUAGUCGAUGAUGAAAUAAAAAAGUACACCACUCUGUCAUAUCGUGCUCCUGAGAUGGUAAACCUCUACAAUAGCAAGAUUAUCACUACUAAAGCUGACAUAUGGGCGAUGGGCUGUUUGCUGUAUAAGCUGUGCUACUUCACUCUACCCUUCGGGGAGAGUCAGGUGGCCAUCUGUGAUGCCAGCUUCACCAUUCCUGACAAUUCCCGCUACUCCUACAACCUGCACUGCCUCAUCCGGUACAUGCUGGAGCCCGACCCUGACAAAAGGCCUGACAUCUACCAGGUGUCCUACUUUGCUUUUAAAUUGGCUCGUCGGGACUGCCCUGUUCAGAAUGUGAAGAACUCUCCAAUUCCUGCUCAACUUCCUGAGCCAAUCAAAGCCAGUGAGGCAGCUGCAGCGAAGAAGAGCCAGAGCCAGACACAGAGUAAGGCCAGGUUGACAGAUCCUGUCCCUACCACUGAGACCUCCAUCACGCCACGGCAGAGGCCCAAAGCUGGCCAUGCCCAGCCCAGCACUGGCAUCCUACCAAUUCAACCGGCUGCCCUCACCCCUCGCAAACGGGCCAAUCUCCCUGCCCUUCCUCUGGGAGUCAACUUGAACCUUGCCCAGCAAGCGGCAGCCCUCCAAUCACAGAAGGCACAGAUCACAGCUCCGCCUCAGCCAGUGACCGGCCGUUCACAGAACCCUCCUAGUCAGGCUACACUUCAGCUGGGUGGAAAGCCCCAAGCUGGUGCUCAGCAGAAGCAGCCAGGGCAACUGCAGCAGCAGCCAAUCGCGGCAGCAGUCACCACAGCAGGGGGAGGAGUCCCACCUGUGCAGGCCAAGACAGAGGCCCCGAGCGCCCCACUACAGGCCGUGCCUCCCUCACUGGCCAGUCCCACCCCCCAGAAGGUCCAGGUCCCAUCUAGCCCAGCCCCACCCAAAGCCCCAGCACGUCGUAAGCAGGCCGGCCAGAGCCAGACCCAGCAGCAGCCAACCGCUCAGCCCACUCCAGUCCAACCUCCGGCUGCACAGCAGCCUACAGCUCAGCAGCAACCAGUUCCUCUACAACCAGUUCCUCUACAACCAGUGGCCCAGCAGCCACCUGUCCAGGCCCAGUCCAUCCCUGCUAAAACCAGUCAGAACACAGCUGAGACAGAGACGACUUCUCUUCCUGCUCUGUCCAAGACUCCGCCCCACUCUCCAAAGGCUGCAGAGCACACCCCGUGUGACUUUACCCAGAAUUCGGUCGGUGGGCUACCUGGAAGUGACUCCACCCAGCCACUGCAAGAGGCCACAGCAGAAGAUGGCCUCAACCAGUUAAUAUCUGUUGGUACAAUUCCACCCAAUUCUACCCAGUCCCUUCAGCAGAGUAUGUGUGAACCAGCCCAGGAUGGCAACUUUGCUGCCUUUUCCCCUUCCCCUGCCUCUGCCCCUGGCCCUCCCAUCGGCUCCCUCAGUCAGCCCGCCUGGAACCCUUUUGGUGAUGAUGACUUCUCCAAUCUCAGUGCGGAGCAUCUGAUUAACAAAGACUUGGUUGACGAACAGGCUGAUGACGUGUCUGCAGAGGUGGAGACGGCCCCCAUAGAGGACCUGAUACCUGGCCUGCUGGAGGUCUCCUCCCCUGGGGAAACAGCCCACCAACCUGCUGUAGAGCAAUCUGAAGACCUCCUUGGCCUGGAUACAGGAGAGUCUUUGACUGUUCCGGUCCCGUUCAGCAUCCUAGCACUCUCAGACACUCCAGAGAAGCUUAUUGAGGGACUGAAGUCCCCAGAUACACACCUCCUGCUCCCUGACCUCCUGUCCAUGGCUGAUCCUUUUAGUGGAACUAUGGAGGAGGCUGUCAAUGUAGUGGGUCCAAUAGAGGAGUCUCUGGUGAGUCUGGACUUUCUCAUCCCUGGUCUGGAAGCUCCUGUGUCCCAGUCUGAGACAGACUCUGCACUGCUUCCUGACCCCCUGCUUGGGGAAGACACUCUGCUGGGCUGCUCUCUCAUCUCUCCCCCCUCUGGAGCCUCCUCUCUCUCCUCUGCUCCCGCUUCCACUGGCACUGGGUCUGUUCUGGAUGAGUUUGACCUGGUAUCUGCGAGUUGCACCCAGCUGCUGGCAGACUCCUCUGAUCUCCUGAUCUCAGGCUUUGAGCCUGUGCCAAGUGCAGAUACGGGCAACGAGGAUGAGUUUGACCCCAUCCCUGUCAUGGGCUCCAAAAACUCCUCUCAAGUUUCAGGAGGCCACUCUCGCAGUAACAGUGGCAGCUCUGAAUCCAGCCUGCCCAGCCUGGCCCGCUCCCUGCUCAUGGUGGACCAGCUCAUCGACCUGUAGAGGGCGCUGGGGAGCCGGGAAACUAAAUAGAGAGGGGGGGGGGGGUAGAAGUAGUGACGCUCGAGAGGAGAGUAGACCCCACCAUUAAUUGUUACACCCCCGUUCCACUAUUCGUUCCCGUGACUAACGCUUGUUCCAUGUAAACUCCAUCUGUGAUUCCAAACACACUGGGCCAUUGUCCUGUUCGUGUUUGUCCUAUGCCUCUGGUAUUGAUUCCCAUCGUGCCUCUGGUAUUGAUUCCCAUCGUGCCUCUGGUAUUGAUUCCCAUCGUGCCUCUGGUAUUGAUUCCCAUCGUCCAUCGUGCCCCUGGUAUUGAUUCCCAUCGUGCCCCUGGUAUUGAUUCCCAUCGUGCCUCUGGUAUUGAUUUCCAUCGUGCCCCUGGUAUUGAUUCCCAUCAUGCCUCUGGUAUUGAUUCCCAUCAUGCCUCUGGUAUUGAUUCCCAUCAUGCCCACCACUUUUCUUCUUCUCCCCUCUGCCCUCUCAUUUCAUGCUUUCACAGCAUUUAUAUUCUCUUGCCCUUCUGGGGUCAUCAUGGCAAACAACGUCACGCUGCUUCUACCUUUUGCGUUCACGACACACUAACUUCAUCCAAGAGUUCUUCUUUCUGUAGAAUGUUUCACCAUGUUUUAUUCCUGUCUCUGGUAUGUCUAGGAACAGUGUCCAGUCACACGGCAUUGUGUCCUAUAAGGAACCAGAGAACUCCACUCUUGUAGUUGUUGGCUCGUUGUUAUGGUGCACAAGUAGAUGUGUUGUCUCCUUUUUCCACUGUUAUGUUUCACUUGGGUUAUUAUUUGUUUGCGCACAUUUGGUAACACCAAUAUCACACCAUUGAUUUAUUGUAUAUUGUAGACAGAAUUAUUUCAUGGGUAUAUCUGCCAAUUUAAUUAUCUACCUGUUCAGUGGCUGUGUUGCCAGGGCUUGUGUUUUAGCACUUAGCAUGAGGUAUCAUAGCCUGCAGGCGGGAUGGAUGGGAUGUCAGAUCUAAAAUGACUGGAACAGUCCACCAGCUGUUCCAGAGGUUGAGCCUUCCUUAUAUGUGGAAAUUAGCGAGUCAGUUCUUCUCAAAAAGCGAAUACAUUUGCACCAACAUAAGGCUUUAAGCCUACAAUAACAGAAAUGUGGAGUUAACAUUCCCAAAGGAAGAAGCUAAGAUGUGAAAACACGAGCUUGGCUAGGGAGUCGGCUACACGUUGACAACGUUGAUGCUUUUCGAAAGCAUUUAUUUGCUCGUUUUUCUUUUCUUGCCCUCUUUAGUCUGACUACAUGUAUACAGACAGUCCAUAUCAUCCCUUUCAUUUCAGGCUGUAUGUGCCCACGCAAUCAUUCCCUGCAAACGUGCAUUCCUACUUGUACAUAGGUCCUAUAUCAUAGUCAUUUAUCGGCCCUACAUACUGUAAAUGUAUGUUUACCUGCAAUACCCACGGACCCAGUGGUCUUAACGUUUUGGUUCCUCAAAAAGUAAUUGGUCAAAUGUGCUCUGUUCUUCAUCUGUCAUCAUAGCGUUACAUUGUGAGAAUAAAAAAAAAAAUAUAUAUAGAAAAAUUAAUUUCAUAUGUAACUAAUAUUAAAUGUGAGUAUGAAUAGUGUUAGAGAAUGAAUGUAUGAACUGAAUAUUAGUCUAUAAAUAAAGAUGGAUAAUAUAUAUAUAUAUAUAUAAAUAUAAUUCUAAAGAUGACUAUUAUAGAAGAAAUACAUGAUGUUUUUCCUGUUUGUGCAGCUGUGUUUGAGAAUGUGUUUCUCGCCAUAUUUCUCCCCGGGUUGCCGUUGUGACAUCAGUAAAAACAUACAGUUAUGACAACCUUAGCUUUGAUCUGUUGAGGGUUGGGUAGGAUUUCUCCAAGUAGCAUCUGUUUACUUGCCUUCACCUAAGGAGGAUUGUAUUAUAAACAAACUAGUUUGUUGUGCAAUGGGACCACUACACAGGGAACUUUACCAUGUCUUAUACUGUACCAUACUUACUCACGCUGUACAAAGGCAGAACUACAGUCUUCGCUGAAAUAGUGCUGCGACUCCAUGCUUUCUCCGGCACAGAUUUUACAUGAUCAAAAAGAUGCAUAUCGAAGCAUGACCGUGUUGUUGAAUGUUCUGGUUUGUUGGUAGACAGUGUUGUCAUUGGUGUGUGUGUGUAUGUGUGGACAUAGAGUAAUGUAACUCCUAGCUAGUCUGAGUUGUUGGAUGUGAUGCGGUUGUGUUGUUGUUUGAACUCGCUGCAAAAACAGUGACAUCGACAGUGGUGUUGGUGUUCGUCAUAUUGAAAAGCACAGGCCGUCUUGAAUUGCGCCGAGUCACUCUGUUGCCUAUAGAGGAAGCAAGCCACUGUAUCUGAGAGUAGGGCAUCUGUGUCUUUUUGAGUGGGACCACUGGAGUCUGUGAUCUGAUUGAAUAUGGUGAACGGAAAGAAAUAAUGACUCGUCAUAUCAUGUUGUCAUGACUGCAAAGUGUAUAACGAAGUGGUUGUGUAUCAGACAUAGGGGCAAGCACUACACAGGACUCCACGACCACCACAUACACGCCCUGAUAGGACUGCUCGCUAUGCUGUUAUGCUGUUGGGCAUUUAAGGAAUUACAGAUAAUUGCUCUACUGCAGUAUUCGAAAACAAGGCAUGCCAAGCAACAACAUUUAUUGACAGUAUUCUGAAAUCCAAUGUUGUGUCCCAUCUUUCUCAGGCUUUUGUAGACAUGUGCAACCAAUGGAAGGCUGAAGUUCACAUCUUAGCCCCCCCUCCUCACACCAUCUGCAGAUAGAUAGAUAGAUACUCAUGUGGCUAUUGACCUAUGCAAUCCUUGCUUCUUCCUGUAGACACCACUGUGCUGUUGUAAAGGUCUUGCCCUCCAGGUAGUUACAUUUGUUGUUGUAAAAAAACGAGAACCUUCAUGUUACCCUGUUGUUUUUGCAAAAAGUGGAAAAAGCUGUUGUUCUGGAUCCCUGUCCGUUUCUAUGACACCCAAUCCUGCGUCAGAGCUGUGAUUUCUGUGCACAAAUCUAUUUUUGUGAGAUAACUAAAGAAUUACAAAGAAAGGGAUGUCGAAUAAACAUAUUCAUGUAAAUGUA